AGACACGUCGCCGUCUCUCCCAUAAGGCUCGGUCGCCGUCGGUCGCUCUCGCCUCUUGCUGCCUCCCCACCCUCCCAUCCCAGUCCCCCACUCGCUCUCUCUCUCUCUCGAGCCCCUCUGCUCCAUAGCGCUCCGCUGUCCGCGCCGUCGCGCUGGUUCAUGGGUUCGAGCCCGAUGUGGUGGUCGGCGUCGCCGCCGUCGCCGUGGGGCCGCGGCGCGGGGAAAUGGUGGGCGCUGGGAGGGCCGCUGGCGGUGAAGGCCGUCGGGUUCCUGCUCCUCGCCGGCCUCUUGUUCCGGGUUCUCUGCUCCUUCCCGUCCUCCCGGGCGCCAGCGCUGCAGAUCGCCGAAGGAAAAUGUAAUCUUUUCAAUGGGGAAUGGAUACCAGACCCCUCUGGCCCAGCCUAUACGAAUGCAAGCUGUCGAUUUAUUGAUGAUCAUCAGAACUGCAUGAUGAAUGGUAGACCUGAUAAGGGAUAUCUCCAUUGGAAGUGGAAACCUUAUGGAUGUGAUCUUCCACCAUUUAACGCUGUCAGAUUUCUAGAUUCAAUGAGAAACAAAGCUUGGGGCCUGAUUGGUGACUCCAUUCUUCGUAACCAAGUCCAGUCAUUGUUAUGCCUUCUAUCUAAGGCUGAAGAACCUGUUGAGGUUUACCAUGAUAAGGAAUACAAAAACAGGAGAUGGCACUUCCGAUCCUACAACUUCACAGUGUCACUCGUCUGGGCUCCUUUCCUCAUCAAAUCUGAUGUUUUUGAGAAUGAGAAUGGUGUAUCUACCUCUGAAGUCCAGCUCCACCUUGACAUACUUGAUGCUAGCUGGACAAGUCAGUAUGAGAGUUUUGAUUAUAUUAUUAUUUCCGGUGGACAGUGGUUUCUUAAGACAGCAGUCUACUGGGAGAAUGGUGCAGUGGUGGGCUGUCAUUAUUGUCAAAACAAGAACCUGAUUGAACUUGGCUUUGAGCACCUGUAUCAUAAGACUCUGCAAAAGGUUUUCAGCUUCAUCAUUUCAGCAAAACACAAGCCAGUUAUAUUCUUCAGGACCUGGUCGCCAGAUCACUUCGAGAACGGUGAGUGGUACAAUGGAGGAUCUUGUAAUAGGGUGGCGCCAUACAAGAAGAGAGAGUACCAGGAGGGGUACAAUGAACGUGUCAUGAGGGGAAUCGAACUUAAAGAGUUUAACAAGGCUGAAGCUGCAUUGAGGGGUUCCGGCGAUGUGGAGAGACUGAAGCUCAUGGAUACUUACAGCCUCUCUUACUUGAGACCAGACGGCCAUGUUGGGCCUUACCGAACACCUUAUCCAUUCACAAAGGACAGCAAGAAUGCUGUAUCCGUUCAGAACGAUUGUUUGCACUGGUGUGUGCCUGGGCCUAUUGAUGCGUGGAAUGAUCUUGUUAUGAAGAUGGCACUGGAUUGAUGAACUGUCUGGAUUUAGAUGGUGUGCUCUUCGGUCAUAAUACCACGUUGUAGAGUUUACUGGAUGCAGAAUCAGGUUCCCGCCAGCAGUGGUACAUCACAGCAGCAAAGUGGAGAGGACAAGGCAGUAAAUUGCUUAUACUGGUAAAAGUGUGUAUGUUUUUUGGUUUAAAGAUGCUGGGUUAGUAGCAACAAAUAGCCAAGUGGUUAACCCAGUAUAUGCUUAAUUGCGAUCUGCAAGAUGUGUAUUUUGUUUCCAUGUUGUAAAUUGGGCUUCUGCUGCCGGUUAUUUUCAGUGGCCUGAUGGAAGUAACCCUUGUUGAACUGGUGGUGCUACUGCUGUUCAUGCAUGGGCACGCGCCUGUGAGUAUCACAAAGUCUGACAUCCCAGAUGCUACCCUGCAGGCUGCCUUUUCAUGCCUACCGACUAUCCUGUAAUCCGCCCUUCAGGCUUCAGUGUUUCAGCUCCACACGUCGGUCUUUCAGAAACAUGCUAAUAAAAGAAAUUCGAUCUUAAA